AUGGAGGCCGUGGCUUCUCCCCUGGCUUUGCAAAGCCCUGGUUCGAAUGGCAUAACGCCAUCGUCUUUCAUAACCAUCGAUCCGGUUUUGGUGGUAGACUACUUGGCAUCCGUGAUCACCAUUGCUCUUGGAGCCACCCGUAGUGAGCUUGAGCGAUCCGACAAUCUCCUCUCGAAAGCGAAUUACGACGAUACAGUCCAAAGGUGUAGUCGCUUCGCUACCGAUUCUCAAGUCGCUUUAUACGUCCAGAAGGAUGUGAAGCCGUCGGGUGAUAUUCCAGAUGGUCCAGCAGACAAUGUUCCUGUCACGUAUACGUAUACGAUCACGUCCGAAAUAUCUUCUUCGCCGACUACGAUAGCCUACCUCGCACUACUUAAACGUCCUCAAGCGAUCGACCCCUCGCUGCCGCUAAGCUCACAGAUUCAGAUACAAACACUGCCUGGAACUGCCUCGCUUGCCAACCUUGUUAGUGAACAGGGCCCUACUGCUUCACCUUUUGAAAUAUUACAUUCCAUUCUUCAUAAUGCGCUGGCGCCCUACUUCGAUGCCAAUACCAAGACUUCCCAAGUUGCGAAUGGCGCUAGGAACCGAGCGGAUGUGGACGCAAAAACUGGUAUUCCUGUAACCAAGAAGCGAAUGACGGAGCUUGAGUUGAGCUUGCUCCAUCUUCAGCAGAAUGUUGAGAUUCCGGAAUUGUCGCUCUCAUUUCACCCAGUUGUCCAGGGCGCGUUGGAAGAUGCCGUUGGGCGCAAUACGCGACCGAGUACUGACUUGAUACCCGCUCACCUUCUUUCAGACAGCACAUUCAUGAAUAACCUACAGUCGACAGUAAAUAGUUGGAUCAAAUCGAUACAGACAAUUACGAAGCUCACCCGAGACCCUGUAACGAGAACGGCGACGCAGGAAAUUAAUUUUUGGUUGUCUAUGGAGUCUGCGCUGGAAGGGAUCGAAGCCCAGCUGAGGAGCGAAGGUGUUAUGUUGACUCUGGAAAUCCUGAAGCAUGCGAAGCGUUUUCAGGCUACCGUUAGUUUCACCGCUGACACGGGUCUGAAGGAGGCUAUGGAAAUGGUACAGAAGUACAACCAACUCAUGCGAGACUUCCCGCUUGACGAAUUGCUUUCCGCAACUUCGUUGCCCAAAAUCCAGGAUGCGAUUGGUCAAAUCUUUGGUCAUAUGAACAAGAAGAUGAGGUUUAGCAAUUAUCCUAUAGCACGAACUCUGCAUCUAGUCGAAGCCAUUUCAGCAGAUCUUGAAGAGGUUAUGCACCGUCUUCUUCCCGGCUCUGAAUUAGUCGACCUCGACUACAAGGAUUUUAAGAGUCUUAUGACUACGGCAGAUGAGAUAUUCAAAUCUUGGGAUGCCCAGAUCAAAGAUUUUACCAACAUUGCCCGAGAGACAACGCGCAGAAGGCAAGAGAGGUUCAUUCCCAUCAAGGUCAAUCCAAAGCAUAGUGAGCUACAGGCUCGAUUAAAGUACAUCGAUACCUUCCGAGAUAAUCAUGAGCAGCUGCAACGAACUAUCGUUAAUGUCCUUGGUCCAAGAGCAACCGUUAACGGUGUGACUGAAGAGGUUACGGCUAAUGGCGUUGCUCUUGUUGAAGAGAUGGGCGACGUUGAUGCGGUUGAAGAGGUCCAGCAAGCAUGGGAAGCAUUAAAGCAUGUUGAUCUUCUCGACGUUUCCCCCGAGGGUACUCAAAGAUGGGUUAAGGCCGAAAACACUUAUAACGAGCGCACGUCGCGAGUAGAAAACUCGAUUAUCGCCAGACUACGUGAUCGUCUUGCUACCGCCAAGAACGCAAACGAGAUGUUUCGUGUUUUCUCCCAAUUCAAUGCCCUCUUUGUGCGACCGAAGAUCCGGGGCGCCAUCGCUGAGUAUCAGAACCAGCUUAUUGACAAUGUAAAACAAGCUAUAUCGGGGCUUCACGAACGAUUUAAGCAGCAAUAUGGUCAUUCUGAGGCCCACGCCAUGGCUCAGCUACAUGACUUACCUCCAGUUUCUGGUGCUAUCAUCUGGGCGCGCCAGAUUGAACGCCAACUUGACAAUUACAUGAAGAAGGUUGAGGACAUCUUGGGUUCUGACUGGGCUCUUCAUACCGAGGGUCAAAAAUUGCAAACCGAGAGCGAAUUGUUCAGAAAGAAGCUCAACACGCAAACAAUCUACAAAGCGUGGAUCGAAGACGUACAACGAAAACAAAUAUCGAUAUCUGGUCGACUCUUCAACAUUAAUAAGAUCCGAUCUGCCAAUAAUGCGCUAGAUCUUUCGGUGAACUUUGAUGCUCAAAUCAUCGCGCUGUUUAAGGAGACCCGUAAUCUUGGCUGGCAAAAUUUCAAUGUGCCUCAUGCUGUAAAUAACAUUGCGAAGGAUGCCAAACGAGUAUACCCAUACGCUGUUAGUUUGAUGGAAAGUGUGAGAACUUUUACGCAGACGACGCGACAAAUUGCGGAACUUCCCGAAGUUGCCAUCCUACUAAGUGGUUACCAGAACGAUGUUCAUGUGCUAGUUGCCAAGGGCAUACCUCUGAAGUGGGAAACAUUUGUGAACACGUGGGAAUCAUAUCAGAAGCCGUCGCUCGCUAAUGGCAGCCUUGAGCACACGAUGGGUCGUAGUGGUGAGACCAAGCAUGUCUUAUUCGUCCGAGAAUUCGCUGCGGCUGCUUCUCUUCUGCAGGCGAAAACAGGCACCCUUGCAACUAUUCACGUGAAUGUUCAAAAGGCCUUAGCAGAGUUGGCAACUUGCCCAUACGAGGCAUCAGAAUUUGAGGCGCGCCUACAAACCAUCCAAGCAGCCGUUGAUCAGUUGAAUUUAGAACAAUAUGUCAAUCUCGGUUUCUGGGUUGAGAGAAUGAAUGAACGGAUCAAGUUGACGCUGCUUACUCGACUCCAACACGCCGUUUCCGCAUGGAUUAAGGCGUUUGAGGAUGACACACCAAUCGAUCGCAUUGAGAAUAAUCGCAGAAAGCAAUUGGCUCCGUCCGGGGAGACUCUUAAGUCCGACGCGCCUCUUAUGAAACGUCUAAUUCACGAAAUCACAAUGAGAAAUCAAGUUAUUUACCUCGAUCCACCUCUCGAGUUUGCGAGAGCUAGCUGGUUCUUGCACUUGCACAAUUGGAUAGGCAUCGUCUGCAAUCUUCCUAAAAUUAAGGCUUCUAGGUAUCAGAUGAGUUUGACGUUGAGUACCGUUGUUCACGAAGAAGCUCGUUUCAAUGAUCUUCCUAGUGAUUGCACCGACAUUCUUGGCAGAGUCUACGGCUCGGUUGAGAAAAAGCUGCAGGGUAUUGGCGAAUAUGUGGACAAGUGGCUGCAAUUUCAAUCUCUUUGGGAUCUGCAAUCAGAACAGGUUUACGAACUUUUAGGCGACGAACUCUCCAAGUGGCUGCAGCUACUCCAAGAAAUCCGAAAAUCCCGUGCGACGUUCGACACGACCGAAGUCAGCCGCUCGUUCGGCCAUAUUACUAUUGACUAUGAGCAAGUGCAAAUGAAAGUCAAUUCUAAAUAUGACCAAUGGCAACAAGAAAUCCUGGUGAAAUUCGCUGGACGACUUGGUAAUCGUAUGAGAGAGGUUAAUGCCGAGAUCGAAAAGGCUCGACGAGACCUAGAGGGACAGAGCCUCGAGGCUACCUCCACUGCACAAGCGGUCCAAUUUAUCACGAUUGUCCAAAGCUGCAAGCGUAAAGUCAAGGCUUGGGCACCCGAGGUCGAAACUUUCCGUCAAGGCCAGUCUACUCUUGUGCGAAAUCGCUACAAUUUCCCCAACGACUGGGUCGAUGUCCAACAGGUUGACUCAACAUGGGAGGCACUCAACGAACUCUUGAACAGGAAGGCCAAGAUUGUCCAGGACCAGACCGACGCACUCAAGGCCAAGAUAGUGGCAGAGGAUAAGGUUGUAGUGGAUAAGAUUGCUGAAAUCGCUACGGAAUGGAAUGGCGAGAAACCUGUUUCGGGCACAAUUGCCCCCGAGGUUGCGUCCGCAACACUGAGCUCUUUUGAAACCCGCAUCACGAAACUGCAAGAGGAGUUUGAUAUGGUAUCUAAAGCUAAGGAGGCUCUUGAUCUUCCGGCGAGCCCCGAGUCUUCUCUUUCGACCAUUUUGGAAGAAGUCCAUGAUUUCAAAUCCGUAUGGGCUGCCUUAUCGACAAUCUGGAAGAGCUUGAACGAACUUCGAGAGACUCUAUGGGGAAGUGUUCAACCUAGAAAGAUCCGGAGUAGCAUUGACAGCCUGAUCAAGAUGACGAAGGAAAUGCCUAGCAGAAUGCGACAGUAUGCUGCUUUUGAGCACAUACAGAAUAUCCUCCGCCAAUUUUUGAAGGUGAAUAGUUUACUUAGUGACUUGAAAUCGGAAGCCAUCCGAGAUCGACACUGGACGAAGAUUUGGAAGGAGAUCAAACCUGGUCGACGAUAUUCACCCGUGUCUAUGACUCUUGGAGACGUUUGGGAUCUCAAUCUUGUCGCCACUGAAGUUAUUGUCAGAGACAUCAUCACACAAGCUCAGGGUGAAAUGGCCUUGGAAGAGUUCUUGAAGCAGGUGAAAGAAACCUGGAAUAACUACCAACUUGAUCUCGUACCAUACCAGAACAAAUGUCGUCUCAUCCGGGGCUGGGACGACCUCUUCGCCAAGUGCAGCGAAAACCUCAACUCACUACAGGCGAUGAAACACUCGCCGUAUUAUAAAGAGUUCGAAGAGGAAGCAUCGUCCUGGGAAGACAAACUGAAUCGUGUCCACGUACUCUUCGAUGUCUGGAUUGACGUCCAGCGCCAAUGGGUGUACUUGGAGGGUGUCUUCACCGGAAAUGCUGAUAUUAAGCAUCUAUUGCCUAUUGAGUCCUCAAGAUUCCAAAACAUCAACAGUGAAUUCAUGACUGUCAUGAAGAAAGUCUACAAGCAACCGAUGGUGAUGGAUGUCCUGAGCAUUACUGGAGUUCAGAAGUCUCUGGAGCGUCUUGCGGAAUUACUCAACAAGAUUCAGAAGGCGCUUGGUGAAUACCUCGAAAAAGAAAGAGUUUCGUUCCCUCGUUUCUACUUCGUUGGUGACGAGGAUCUCCUAGAAAUGAUUGGUAAUAGCAAUGAUACGUUACGUAUUGCUAAGCAUUUCAAGAAGAUGUUCGCUGGCCUUACUGGACUCGUUAUGGACGAUGAAUCGAUCAUCUCAGGAUUCACUUCUAAGGAAGGCGAAGUCGUGCGUCUCAAGAAAGAGAUCUCGCUCGCAAAGGUUCCCAAAAUCAAUGACUGGUUGGCUUUGCUUGAGAAUGGCAUGAAGGCAACUCUAGCGGAACUUCUUGCCGAAGCCAUCGAGGUGUAUGGCCCCAUAUUCGAGUCCAGUGAAAUAAACCAGAGUGCCUUAAACGAUUUUAUGAACGCCUUCCCUAGUCAAAUCGUGGUGCUGGCUACUCAAGCAGUUUGGACUACGGCGGUUGAACAAUCAUUGAAUGAUGGAGGUAAAACUCUGCAAUCACUCUUUGAACGAGAGGUCCAAGUUCUCAGACUCAUCGCUGAAACUGUUCUCGGCGACUUGGAGGUAAUCCAGAGAAAGAAAUGCGAAGGCCUCAUUACAGAAUGUGUUCACCAACGGGACGUUAUCGAGAAGCUAGUGAAACUCAACGCUACCACUCCGACACAUUAUAUGUGGCUGUUGCAGAUGCGAUACGUCUAUGUACCCGAGGGCGAUUUCCUACAACGCCUUCACAUUAGGAUGGCAAACGCGAAACUCAACUAUGGAUUUGAAUACUUGGGUGUACCCGAUAGACUUGUCCGAACUCCUCUCACCGACCGUUGUUUCGGAACUCUUACUCAAGCACUUUGCCAGCGACUCGGUGGAUCUCCCUACGGACCUGCGGGUACUGGAAAAACCGAGUCAGUCAAAGCACUUGGUGUUCAAUUGGGUCGUUUCACUCUUGUGUUCUGCUGUGACGACACCUUUGAUUUCCAGGCCAUGGGUCGAAUCUUCCUUGGUAUUUGUCAGGUUGGAGCCUGGGGUUGUUUCGAUGAAUUCAAUCGUCUGGAAGAGAGAAUCUUGUCUGCCGUCUCGCAACAAAUUCAGAACAUUCAGCUUGGUCUCAAGCAAGGCGCCGAAGAUGAUAAGGCCCAAAUCGAAUUGGUUGGUCGCCAGCUUCACGUAAAUGCUAACACAGGUAUCUUCAUCACGAUGAAUCCUGGAUAUGCUGGUCGUUCCAACUUGCCCGACAAUUUGAAGAAGCUUUUCCGCAGUGUUGCCAUGUCAAAGCCAGACAAGGAACUGAUUGCCGAAGUCAUGCUCUAUUCUCAAGGUUUUAAUCAAGCCAAGCAACUUUCGAAACAGACAGUUCCGUUCUUCGACCAAUGCUCUGCGAGACUAUCUAAGCAAGCACACUAUGAUUUUGGUUUACGUGCUCUGAAAAGUGUGCUUGUUAGUUCCGGUGGCCUCAAACGCGCCCGACUUACGAGUAGUAAUGGUGAACUUGGCGCCGAAGAAGUCGUCGAGCCCGAAAUCAUCGUACAGAGUGUCCGAGAAACAAUUGCCCCUAAGCUAAUUCGAAACGAUGUCGAAAUCAUGAUGACCAUCGAAGGAGAAUGCUUCCCAGGCGUUCAGUACGUGCCUGCUAACCUAACACAGCUUGAAGACGCUAUUCGUCGUCUAGCAGCAGAGAGGCACCUCGUGGUAAAUGAGACUUGGAUGACCAAGGUCCUUCAACUUUACCAGAUUCAAGGGAUCCACCAUGGUGUUAUGAUGGUCGGUAAUUCGGGAUCCGGAAAAUCUGCAGCAUGGAGACUGCUACUUGAUGCACUCCAGCAAGUUGAAGGUGUCGAAGGUGUUUCUCAUGUCAUCGAUUCGAAGGUUAUGUCAAAGGAGGCGCUAUAUGGAAACCUCGAUUCAACUACCAGAGAGUGGACCGAUGGUUUGUUCACCAGCAUAUUGCGAAAGAUUGUUGACAACCUCCGUGGAGAAGAUUCUAAACGUCACUGGAUUGUGUUCGAUGGUGAUGUCGAUCCUGAGUGGGUUGAGAACUUGAACAGUGUGCUCGACGACAACAAAUUGCUCACGCUUCCUAAUGGUGAGCGUCUUAACCUGCCGCCUAAUGUCCGAAUCAUGUUCGAAGUCGAGACAUUGAAAUAUGCUACAUUGGCGACCGUCAGUCGAUGUGGUAUGGUCUGGUUCAGCGAGGACACUGUCACUCCAAGCAUGAUGGUUUCCAACUACCUCGAAACUCUCAGAACAGUAGCAUUCGAAGAUUUGGAUGAGGAUACAGCUGCCGCUGGUCAGAGCCCUGCGAAGACACUCCAAAUCCAGGGCCAAGUUGCUGACUUACUACACGCUUAUCUAACAUCGGAGGACUUCAUUUUUGCCGCUCUCAAGGAAGCCGAAUCCUUCAACCACAUUAUGGAGUUUACCAUCGCUCGUGUUCUCACCACACUUUUCUCCUUGUUGAACAAGGCUGUCCGAGACAUGAUCGAGUACAACGCGGCGCACGUUGAUUUCCCGCUGGAUUCUGAACAGAUUGAAGCAUAUGUUGCGAAAAAACUACUACUCGCCUUGGUUUGGGCUCUUACAGGUGACUGCCCGCUUAACGACCGAAAGGCGUUUGGUGAUAGGGUUGGUGCUCUUGCGAGCUUCGGAUCGCCACCUCUCGAUGGCAGUAGCUCUCUCAUCGAUUUCGACGUGGUUCUUCCCCGAGCCGAAUGGACGCCGUGGCAGAAUCAAGUCCCUACGAUUGAGGUUAACACACACUCUAUCACCCAGACAGACGUCGUCAUUCCCACUCUGGAUACUGUUCGUCACGAAGAUGUACUCUACUCUUGGCUCGCAGAACACAAGCCACUGCUACUCUGCGGUCCACCAGGUUCUGGUAAAACUAUGACCUUAUUUAGUGCACUCCGAAAACUGCCAAAUAUGGAAGUUGUCGGUCUCAACUUUUCUAGUGCCACCACUCCAGAUCUUCUCAUCAAGACUUUUGAGCAGUAUUGUGAGUACAAGAAGACCCUAAAUGGCGUCAUGCUCUCUCCAACCCAAAUUGGUCGAUGGCUUGUUAUCUUCUGUGAUGAGAUCAACUUGCCGGCACCGGACAAAUAUGGUACUCAACGAGCUAUUUCAUUUCUGCGUCAAUUAGUCGAGCAUAAUGGUUUUUGGCGUACAUCCGAUAAGUCUUGGGUUACACUUGAUCGAAUCCAAUUUGUUGGUGCUUGUAACCCCCCAACUGAUGCAGGCCGUACACCUAUGGGCGCCAGAUUCCUGAGACAUGCCCCACUUAUCAUGGUCGACUAUCCGGGUGAGCUAUCCCUGCUCCAGAUCUACGGUACCUUCAACUCCGCCGUGCUCAAGAUUAUCCCGACGCUGCGUGGAUACUCCGAGCCGCUCACUCAAGCUAUGGUUCGGUUCUACUUGGAAUCACAACAACGAUUUACACCUAAGAUCCAACCCCAUUACGUCUACAGUCCUCGUGAAUUGACAAGAUGGGCGCGUGGUGUAUACGAGGCUAUCCGUCCAUUGGAGAACCUGUCCAUAGAAGGACUGAUCCGCAUUUGGGCUCAUGAAGCAUUGAGACUGUUCCAGGAUCGUUUAGUUGCAGAGGAUGAGCGACAGUGGACUGAUGAUGCUGUGCGACGAAUUGCACUGGAAUUCUUCCCUACGAUUGACGAAUCAAAAGCACUCGGCGGUCCGAUCCUAUUCUCCAAUUGGCUUUCGAAGAAUUAUGUUCCUGUUGACCGAGAACAAUUGCGAGAUUUCGUCAAGGCUCGUCUCAAGACUUUCUGUGAAGAAGAGGUGGAUGUUCCACUCAUUCUAUUCAACGAUGUGUUGGAGCAUGUCCUUCGUAUUGAUCGUGUCUUCAGACAGCCGCAAGGUCACUUGAUCUUGAUUGGUGUCAGUGGAAGUGGAAAGACAACACUCUCGAGAUUCGUUGCUUGGAUGAACGGUCUCAAAGUUUUCCAAAUCAAGGUCCAUGGAAAGUACUCUGGUGAAGACUUCGAUGAAGACCUUCGUGAAGUAUUGCGCCGAUGUGGUUGCAAAGGUGAAAAGAUAUGCUUUAUCAUGGAUGAAUCCAACGUCCUUGAUUCCGGUUUCCUGGAACGAAUGAACACUUUACUAGCCAAUGCCGAAGUUCCAGGUCUUUUCGAAGGAGACGAUUUUGCCUCCUUAAUGACGGCCUGCAAGGAAGGUGCUCAGCGACAAGGUCUACUUUUGGAUUCCCAGGAAGAACUUUACAAGUGGUUCACGCAGCAAAUUGUUAAAAACCUACAUGUUGUGUUCACGAUGAACCCGCCCGAGGACGGUUUAUCUUCCAAGGCUGCUACUAGUCCAGCCUUGUUCAAUCGUUGUGUACUGAACUGGUUUGGAGAUUGGUCCGACCAGGCUCUAUUCCAAGUCGCCAACGAACUCACCCACUCCAUCGAUCUCGAUAAGCCUAAUUUCACCGCCCCCGAUAGUAUUCCCGUCGCCUACCGUGGCCUUGCCUUGCCCCCCUCUCACAGAGAAACAAUUGUCAACUCUAUGGUUUAUAUCCAUUAUUCUCUGCAACGCUUCAAUGCCAAGCUUCAAAAGCAACAGGGCAAGGUUACCUUCCUCACCCCGCGCCACUUCCUCGAUUUUGUUGCACAAUAUGUCAAGCUUUACAAUGAGAAGCGCGAAGACUUGGAGGAACAGCAGCGCCACUUGAACGUUGGUCUGGAUAAGUUGAGGGACACAGUCGAGAAAGUCCGUGACCUUCGGGCAAGUCUAGCCGAGAAAAAGACUCAGCUCGAAGCAAAAGAUGCCGAAGCUAACGAGAAAUUACAACGUAUGGUUGCCGAUCAGCGAGAAGCUGAACAACGUAAGAACACUUCUCUAGAAAUACAGGCGGCACUUGAAAAGCAGGAAGCCGAGGUUGCAUCUCGCAAGGAAGUUGUCUUGCACGAUCUAGCAAGAGCUGAACCAGCUGUCGAAGAAGCUAAAGCUAGUGUCAGCAACAUCAAACGACAGCACUUGACUGAAGUUCGAUCUAUGGGUUCUCCACCCCAGGGUGUCCGACUUGCUAUGGAAUCCGUAUGUGUGUUGCUAGGUCACAAGAUUGCUGACUGGAAGGGCGUUCAGGCUAUAGUACGCAAAGAUGACUUCAUCGCAAGCAUUGUUAACUUCGACAAUGAGGAAAAGAUGACAAAGUCCUUACGAUCGCAGAUGCGAUCAAAGUUUUUGAGCGACAAGGAUUUUACAUACGAGAAAGUCAACCGUGCUAGUAAGGCCUGUGGUCCCCUUGUUCAAUGGGUGGAGGCACAAGUGAAUUACUCCGAAAUCCUUGAUCGGGUUGGCCCCCUACGAGAAGAGGUCGACCAGCUCGAGGAGCAAGCCCUCCAGACAAAGGCUGAAGCGAAGGCCAUUGAGAACACCAUUACUACUCUCGAACAGAGUAUUGCAACCUACAAGACAGAGUACGCGGCGCUCAUUAGCGAGACUCAGGCCAUCAAGGCAGAAAUGACUCGCGUUCAAUUCAAGGUCGACCGAAGUGUAAGACUUCUGGACAGUCUCUCUUCAGAGCGUGUCCGUUGGGAAGACGGUAGCAAAUCGUUCGAAACUCAAAUUAGCACUCUGGUUGGUGAUGUUCUAGUUGCCGCGGCUUUCUUAGCAUACAGUGGUCUUUACGAUCAAACUUUCCGAAAAUCAAUGAUGGAGGACUGGUUACACCAACUACAUCUUUCCGGGAUCAACUUUAAACCUCACAAUCCCGUCACAGAAUACUUGUCGACCGCUGACGAGCGACUUAGUUGGCAAGAGAAUACCUUGCCAGUUGAUGAUCUGUGCACGGAGAAUGCCAUCAUCCUUAAACGCUUCAACCGCUACCCGCUGAUUAUUGAUCCUUCCGGCAGAGUUACUGAGUUCCUUCAACGCGAAUGCAAGGAUCGCCGCCUCACAGUUACGAGUUUCUUGGAUGAUUCUUUCACUAAACAGUUGGAAAGCUCCCUCCGAUUCGGUAAUCCAAUUCUUAUCCAGGAUGCGGAACAUCUAGAUCCUAUCCUCAAUCACGUUCUGAAUAAAGAAUACCAGAAGACCGGUGGCCGUGUGCUUAUCCAACUCGGCAAACAGGAGAUUGACUUCUCGCCUGCGUUCAAGAUUUACUUAUCUACCCGAGAUCCCUCCGCUACCUUCCCACCGGAUAUUUGCAGUCGAACCACAUUUGUCAAUUUUACAGUUACACAGAGCAGUCUCCAGACUCAGUCCCUUAAUGAUGUUCUGAAAUCCGAGAGACCAGAUGUUGACGAGAGACGAUCAAACCUUAUUAAACUGCAAGGUGAAUUCAAGGUCCAUCUCCGACAGCUUGAAAAGCGUCUUCUCCAAGCUCUUAAUGAAUCCCGGGGUAACAUUCUUGAUGACGACCACGUCAUCGAGACUCUUGAAACCCUCAAGACUGAAGCCGGAGAAAUCACUGCGAAGAUGAGCAAUACCGAAGGCGUGAUGGCCGAAGUCGAAGAAAUCACUCUGCAGUACAACAUCAUUGCACGAUCUUGCAGUGCUGUAUUUGCGGUCCUCGAGCAGCUACACUAUGUCAAUCACUUUUAUCAGUUCUCGCUACAAUACUUCCUCGACAUCUUCCACUCGGUCCUACACAACAAUAAGAAUUUGGCAAGCGAAAGAGACUUCAACAAACGCCGAGAUAUCAUCAUCAAAGACUUAUUCGUGACCUCUUUCAAGAGGACUGCAUUGGGUCUACUACAAAGGGAUCGGAUCACUCUGGCUAUGCUUCUCGCUCAAGCUUCUCCUUACAAGAUGGACAAGGGUUUAAUCGAUAUCAUUCUUGAUGAUCGUAUUGAGGGCAGGGAUAUCUCAACGGAGAUCGACGCGAAGGACGAGACAUUCACUCGGGCGAAGAGAUUCGGGGUAUUAAAGGACAAGCUCGACCAAGUACCAACCAGCGCCUGGGAUACAUUCCUCACCGAAGAGCUCGCCGAGAAUUUUGUUCCCCAAGUCUGGGAUGCAAACACUAAGCCAUUUGAUCAAGGAUUGCUUUCGCUGCUCCUUGUCAAGCUAUUCCGCCUUGAUCGUUUCGUUCCUACUGCGGAACGAUUCGUGAUGUCAAUAUUCGGGGCUGAGUUGUUCGACGUUGUGGAUGAUCUCAAAGAAACCGUCAGCCAAGUUCCUUCAACCCGACCAAUCUCACUUGUCUCAAGCCCCGGUUUCGAUGCCAGCUACAAGGUAGACAACUUGGUUGAGAGGAUGCGCGUCCGAUGCACCAAUAUUGCUAUGGGAUCGAACGAAUCCCUUGCGAGCGCCGACAAGGCCAUCAGUAAUGCAGCACAGGUCGGAUCUUGGGUUCUCAUCAAGAACGUCCAUCUUGCGCCUACCUGGCUUCAGUCUCUGGAGAAGCGUAUGGAAUCGCUUAAUCCUCACUCUGACUUUAGACUAUUCCUGUCUAUGGAGUCUAGUCUGAAGAUUCCUGUGAACCUGCUUCGAGCUUCCCGUGUACUCAUGUACGAACAGCCGGCCGGUGUACGAGCCAACAUGAAGGAUUCGAUGACUUCUCUAUCCGACCGCGCUACCAAGAGCCCUGUCGAGCGAUCUAGGUUGUACCUACUUCUUUCAUUCUUACACGCCGUGGUACAAGAACGUCUACGAUACGCACCUAAUCUUGGAUGGAAGGGUUUCUGGGAGUUCAAUGACAGUGACUACGAAUGCUCAGCCUUCAUUGUCGAUACUUGGGUAGAAUCCGUGGCGCAAAGUCGCACGAACAUCAACCCACAAAACAUUCCCUGGGAUUUGAUCCGAUACCUAGUCCGUGAGACGUACGGUGGUAAGAUCGAUGAUGAAGGCGAUUUCAAGUGCCUAACGGAGCUUGUUAAUCAGUCACUUACACCAGCCGCCUUCGAAAUUGGGCACAAAUUAGUUGAAGGAUCCGAGAAGGAUGGGCAAGAAUCAAGCCUUGUUGUGCCGUCAGGUACAUCACUAGAAGAAUUCAUGGGGUGGAUCCAAAAACUACCCGAGCGCGAGCCGCCGACUUACUUAGGCCUCCCCGCUAAUGCUGAAAAGCUUCUUUUGGUUGGCCUUGGCAGAAGCUUGAUAGGGAACUUGAAGAAGGUGACGGAAUUAUUGGAUGAGGGGGAACAGCUUAUGGCUGAGGUUUGAGAUUCGGGAUUUGAGGUCUGAUGAUGAUGUGUAAGAAGGUGAAAUGAUGUUUUAUUCACUGGGGUGUUUGGUCUUUUCCCUGCGGGAUUCCUGAGAUUACAACCUUUCAUACCCCGAUACCCUACUUAGUUUUAGAUUGCCGUCGACAGGUUUUUUGUCUCCUUUGUGGAACGCAUACCUAAUGAAUAAGCUACAAUAUGCGAAAUAGAUUAAGCAAAUCAAAUGAAUUUUCCAAGCUUAUCGUCCCACUGUCGUUCCUUAGUGGCGAAUACCCAGGUAAAGUCGUACUGUGGAGAG